ACAGACUUUACACCCUGCGUUUUAUUUUCUCAUACAGUCAGAACUGACAGACAAAGGAAAAGGGUGAGAAAUCUCUUCAUGUUUGUUGGUUUUUAACGUCUUGUUGUGCAGAGAUGAGCGACUUUUCAGACGAUGACUCCGAGAUCUCCUUUAAGGUGAAGUUUAUCGGGCGAGUGGAGGUUGUUCGUGCUGCUGGUGUUCAGAUCCUGGAAGAAGCCGCUCAGACCCUGAAGACGCCCGAUCAAUUCUCCUCAGAAAAGGUGGCAAAGAAGAGUAAAAUCCACCUCUUCCUGUCUCGAAAUGGGAUUGACCUGUUGGAAAACAAAACCAAGUAUCUGUUGUACACAUGUCCCCUCUCCACCGUGUCCUUCUGUGGAGUCCUGCCGUCCUCGCCCAAAGUGUUUGGCUUCGUGGCGCAACACCCUGCAGCCGACAUGUUCCACUGCUACCUGUUCCAGAGCAAGAAGUUUUCUCAUGUGCUGGUGUCAGUGAUUGGCGAUGCCCUUCGAGCAUCAACGCAGGAGAAGACCACCAGAGGGGGACGAGACCUGAUAGUGGAGGCCCUCAGACACAAGAAUAAAAUGCUGCAGAGAGAAAAUACUGAGCUGAAGAGAAGACUCGCAAACUGACGCAUAAUAGCUGCACCUGUUGUUCACACAGAAAAUACUUGGAAUGUAUAAAGAAAACUACAUUUGUUGUGUUGUAAGGUGUGAAUUAAAAUUGUUGAUGGGAAAAAAAAUAAAAAUGUGUUGUUGG